AUGGAUGGUCUUCCUCGGAUUCCUUCUGUCAGUUUAUGUUUAAAGAAAUCAGAAUUCGUUCCUGAAUUACAGCCACUUAAAAGGUACAUAGAAGUACAAUAUCAGCAAUCUUCCAGCACUUAUGAGAAGGAAUUCAACGAAUUUAUUAGCCUACGUAAAUCUGCUUGUGAACCUUCUAUUGAUUACACGGGUUUGUCCCAGCUAAAGCGUUACUAUGCCCAACUGCAAUUACUGAAAGGCAGAUUUCAUUUUACAGCGGAACAAUGUACAGACAUAACAUGGAAAUGGCAGGAUGCUUUCUCAAACAGUUACUCUGAGUCUUCUGAUUUUCGGUUUGAGGAAGCUUCUGUAAUGUAUAACAUUGCAGCACUACAUUCUAUUCUUGGUGUCAAAGAAAAGCGUGCGGACGCAGAUAGUAUGAAAGUAGCUUGCACUCACUUUCAGUGCGCUUCAUGGGCUUUGAAUACACUGGUUGAGCGUCAUUUACCCUUACCAGGUGCACCUGAUUUAAACGGCGAUCUCAUGUUGGCUUUUGCAUCCAUUAUGCUAGCACAAGCACAGGAGUGUGUUGUAGAAAAGUCCAUACUGGAUUACCGACCGGCUAAUGUGAAUGCUAAGUUAUCUCAAUACAUAAUGGAUGUUUAUGAAAAUGUUGGUGUUCAACUCCUAUCCUUCGAGUCAAGUGAUGAAAUAUUACUUCCAAAGUUUUGCAAGGAAUGGCGUCGUCGAUGUCAAAUGAAAACCAGUUUUUAUUCAGCUCUUAUGUCUUAUUAUGCUGGUAUAAAUGAAGAAGAGAAUAAAUCAUUUGGCAGGGCUAUAGCUUGGUUCCAGCUUGCUGGUAAACGUAUUGAAGAUUGUGAAUCUGUGGCAAAAAAUUUCAAAGAUUCUGAGAAUUUAUCAAUGCUGGUUUCAAGUGGUAGUUUUCGUGCUAGUGCUACAUACGCCGGUGAAAUAAUUCGUAAAAAAUUGACAAGUUCAACAAGGGACAAUGAUUUUGUCUAUCAUGAAUCAGUACCGAAGAUUGAAUUACUUGAACAGAUUAAAGGUGUCUGCAUUGUAAAAGGUGUCCCAUUCGAUCAUAAUGAUCCUGAGGUUAGAGGUCGGGAUAUUUUUCAUCGGCUAAUACCAAUGGAUGUCUUGGAAUCAGCUUCAAUUUACAGUGAAAUGAAGGCAUCACUUCUGCGUAGUUUAACCGGUGAAGUUGAAUCAAAGGAGAUUGAAUUAGAUGAAUUUUUAUCCACGCUUUACUUGGAUCCGGCGAAAAUGUUGGCAACUGAUCCACCUGUGCCUCAAUCACUUUUUGAUCUGUUCGCUCGUAUGGAAGCUUUAGAAAGAGAUCCUAGUCGGGAGUUGUCAAAACAGUUGAAAAGUUAG